UCCGAAGCGGAGCCCCGUCGGUUCUCGGCUCCUGCGCCGGUGUUUUCUGCUCCCGGAGCCGCUCGGGGGCUCCUCUCAGCGGGGGGGGGGGGCGCGGGGCCGGUGGCCGUGAGUCGGAGCGGGAGCGGGAGCGGGAGCGGCGGAAUGAGCCGUGGGCAGGAGCCGGCGUCUGCCCUCUGCAGUCCGGAUGGAUCCCUCCGAAAGGCUAAAGCUAAUAACACCCCGCUCCUGUGGCCGACUGCGCUGACCAGGUCUGGUUCUGGUUCUGGUCUUCAUGCUGUCCGGAUCUGAGCCGGUGUUGGUCCCCGGUUCGUCUAGCCAUGGCGGAGCUCCGGCAGACGCCGACCUCCCUCUGCUGCUGCCGUAAAUCCUCCCCGACUUCUGGGACCCGGGUCCUGGCUGGUCCGGGUCCCGGAUCCCCACAGCGCCCCCUGGUGGAUGUGGCGUCGGCGUCGAACUUCCGGAGCUUCCAGCUGCGUCACUUCCACUUGGACUUGCGGCUGAACUUCGCGGUGAAAGAGAUGAGUGGCUGGCUGGUCCUGGACCUGGUUCCGGUCCAGCUGGGUGUCUGCUCCCUGGUGCUGGACUCCCACCCGUCCCUCCUGAUCCACUCCAUCGAUUACAAGGUCCCCGGGACCGGUCAGGACGAACCCGUCUCCCUCACGUACCGGGUCGACCCAUUCACAGACUUUGGCUCGUCGCUCAACAUCAGCCUGCCGGCGGGCGCCGUCAAGCUGGGCCGGCUGAUCCAGAUCACCAUCCGCUACACCACCACCGACGGGCCUGCGAUCUGGUGGUUGGACUCUGAGCUGACCUGCGGCCGGACUCGUCCUCUGGUCUUCACUCAGGGACACUCGGUCUGUAACCGCUCCUUCUUCCCCUGUUUCGACACGCCGUCGGUGAAGAGCACCUACACCGCGACGGUCCGGGUCCCAGACGGGGUCACGGUCCUGAUGAGUGCCUCUCAGAGCUCCUUCUCGAAAGCGGAUCGAGUGUUCCAGUUCUGCAUGGAGUUCCCGGUCCCGUCCUACCUGGUGGCGCUGGUGGCCGGAGAGCUGCAGCACGUGGACGUCGGCCCGAGUCGGGUGUGGGCGGAGCCUUGCCUGCUGUCCUGUGCGGUGAAGAAGCUCGGCGGCAGCGUGGAGCGCUGGCUGGCCGUGGCCGAGAGCCUGUUCGGCCCGUACCUGUGGGGCAGGUGCGACAUCGUCUUCCUGCCGCCGUCUUUCCCCAUCGUGGCCAUGGAGAACCCGUGCCUCACCUUCAUCAUCGCCUCCAUCUUGGAGAGCAGCGACUUCCUCCUCAUAGACGUCAUCCACGAGAUCGCGCACGCCUGGUUCGGCAACGCCGUGACCAACGCCACCUGGGAGGAGAUGUGGCUGAGCGAGGGGCUGGCCACCUACGCCCAGCGGCGCAUCACCACCGAGGCCUACGGCGAGGCGUUCACCUGCCUGGAGACGGUGGUACGGCUGGACGCCCUCCACCGACAGCUGCGUCUCCUCGGGGACAACAACCCUGUCAGCAAGCUGCAAGUCAAGUUUGACCACGGUGUGAAUCCCAGCUCUUUGAUGAACCUGUUUACCUACGAGAAAGGUUUCUGCUUCGUUUCAUAUCUGUCUGAACUGAGUGGGGACGUCCAACGCUUCGACGCCUUCCUCAGGGACUACAUCUUGCAGUUCCAGUUUCGCAGCGUUGUGGCUCAGGACCUCCUCGACUUGUUUCUCCACAGUUUCCCAGAGCUGAGCCCGGACUGUCAGAGAGAAGGCGUGGAGUUCGAGCGCUGGCUGAGCGGCUGCGGUCCUCCCCCGUACGAACCGAACCUGUCAGCCGGGACGGCUCUGAUUGGUCCGGUCCAGGAUCUGUGUGACCUCUGGACGACCUCUGAACCCCCAGACCCUGCACGACUGGACACCUUCGACCUUUCGUCCUGGAGCACGUUCCAGAUCGUUCUGUUCCUGGACCGGCUGCUGGACGCCUCGCCGCUGACGCCAAGCGUCAUGGCGGCGCUCUCCUCACAGUACGCGGCGCUCUUCGCCCGGCUGAACGCGGAGGUGGAGGUGCGCUGGCUGCAGGUGGCCCUGAGGAGCUCCUUUCACCCCGAGGAGCCGCGGGUUCGAUCCUUCCUGCAAAAGCACACGUCCCGGAUGUACACCGUGCCGCUGUACGAAGACCUGGCCGCCGGCACGAUGAAGGGCGUCGCCGUGGAGAUCUUCUACCAGACGCAGCACCGCCUGCACCCCAACCUUCGCCGUACGCUGCAGCAGAUCCUGUUCCCGGGCGGCACGGCGCCGGCUCUCCCCGUCGUCCCGCCCUCCCCCCCAUGCUCCGCCCCUCCACAGCAGCCGCCCGCUGCCACGAGUCCUGCCAGCGCCCUGCGGAACGUCAACGUGUCGGCCUGAUUCCACCAGCAACCCUCACCUCAGAGGCUGGUCAAAGUACGGCCGGCGGCCGCAAAGGAGGCCGUCUGAGAGCAGGACGCGCUCCGACGCCGCUGCCGACGCCUCGGCGCCGGGCAGGAGGCCUUCAGGAGCAUAGGAAAACUGAGCGUCAUCUGAAGGAGCCUGGAGAGAGACUGUGUGUGUGUGUGUGUGUGUGUGUGUGUGUGUGUGUGUGUGUGUGUGUGUGUGUGUGUGUGUGUGUGUGUGUGUGUGUGUGUGUGUGUGUGUGUGUGUGUGUGUGUGUGUGUGUGUGUCACGUUUUAAAGAGUUGUUGACACUGGUUGUUUUGACGAUGCCAGAAUAGGAGGUAGGCAGACACAGAUUAGGAUUGGGAUUAGAGGCGACAGAAGAGCAUAAAGAGUCAAGGUUCUUCCACAUUGGGAGACGCUCCUGUGUGUGUGUGUGUGUGUGUGUGUGUGUGUGUGUGUGUGUGUGUGUGUGUGUGUGUGUGUGUGUGUGUGUGUGUGUGUGUGUGUGUGUGUGUGUGUGUGUGUGUGUGUGUGUGCGCGCUGCUCCGCCUUCAUGUGGGAGCUUUUUUUAUCUGUCUGGAGAACUUUGAAGAACCACAUGGAAAACAUUUCUCGGGUGUGAGCUCCUGACGCUCGUUCACACUGUUCCCAGCCUGGACUUCAACUCUUCAGGGUGAAGAAAAACCUCAGUGCUUUAUUUUUCUGAUUUAUUUGAUGAAUAAAUAAAGUUUUAAAAAAAAGAAGUUUGUUCUUUUCUAAGAAAG